UUUCGUGUUUUUACUGUUUAACAGCCCGGUUUGGAUAAAAUGGCAGGGGUCAGCUACAGGCUUGGCCGUCUGACAGCUCUCAGAAUGCGCAACAGUCGUCCGGUGGGUGCUGGCGGAACUUCCGGCUGUUUUCUAACGAGAUGCCACCGCGGUUUCUGUUCACGUUCAGAAGAAGAGAAAAGAAGAACAGAUCAGACGCUCUCAAAAAGGAAUACAACUCGACAAAUUCCUGAUGAACUCUGGGGCUGUAGGAAAACCAAAUGUCAACAGGAAGAUGGAAUUAUACUGUUUGACACUUCUUUUGAUUUGACCUCAUUUGAUUUAGAGAGAUGUGCAGAACACCGACAGAGUCCUGCACCCCUGCACGCCCCUGGGGUGCUUCUCGAGAAGAGAUAUAAAUUCCUCUGGAGCAGCAGAGGAUCAAUUUCAGCCCCCCCAGAGACCCUCCUGCCCCCUCAUCAGCUCAGAGGUUUUUGCACUGUCGUCCUCAUUCUGGCAGAUCAGGGAACAAACAGGCCGAGACUUCUGAAGCCUCAGCUAGAUGCAUUUAAAGCAUCUCAAACCAGAGGCCACAGCUCCCAGUCAGACGAAGUUCUUCUGCACAGGAGCAGGACGGCUUAUUAUGACAUCCUCAGAGUGUCUCCCUCUGCUACACAGUCUCAGGUCAAGGCGGCAUACUACAAGCAGUCCUUCAUCUACCACCCUGACAAGAACCCGGGGAACAAGGAGGCGAGCCUGCGGUUCUCUGAAAUCAGUGAGGCCUACACAGUUCUGGGCAGCAUCAGCCUGAGGAAGAAGUAUGACCGGGGCAUCUUAAGCCAGUCGGACAUCCAAAGUGCAGGAAGACCUUCAUCUAAGGAGCCAGCAAGUAAACCCCCAGGCUCCCAGCACCAGCAGGCGCAUCAGAGAGCCCGGCGAUUUUCCCAAACCAGUGGAAAACCCAUGUUUGACUUUGAUGCCUUUUACCAAGCUCAUUAUGGGGAGCAGCUUCAGAGAGAAAGGAAUCUAAGGCAAUAUAAGAAGCACAUGGAAGAGAUGCAGGAGAAGAGGAGGAGCCACUGGAGGGAUCAGAAAUUAAUGGAAGUGGCUUUUACAAUGAUUUUGACCAUGGCGGGGAUAAUCUUUAUCAGUCUCAGGAAGCCCUGAAGUGGAAUCGGCAGACGCGCCAGUCUGCUCCUGCGAUCCCUGUUAUCGUUUCAAACAUGAAUGAUGAACAGCAGGAAGACUGUUGAAGUGCUGUUUUUUUUUUUUUUUUGUUUCUGCUAAAUAUAUUCACUUUUUCAUGAAACAUGGGGUCAGUUUCAUGAAUGUAGAAACAUUUUGCCCGUGAGGUUUAUUUUGAUUUUCUUUUUUUCUGGAAUGAAUGUCUCCAGACUAAACUUUGAAAUUGUGCCUCAUCACUCAAUCAGAAAGCAACAUUUUAUAAAAUGAAAAAAAAAAAAACAAUUACAGACACUACAGGAGAAUGCUUGAAAAGUAUUGGCCCCCUGACCUGUUCAGCGUGUACUCCGCCUCCGGUGGCCCCAUGACCCUGAAAAGGGCAUAGCGGGUUUGGAAAAUGAAUGAAUGGAUAUUGUCCUACACUAGUGAGAACAAGACAGGUGAAUUUUGGAUGGUUUUGGUUAGUUUUUAAGCAAUUUAAAUUCUUAAAAUCCCUGCUUCUAGUGUCAAAAAUUUGCACGUUCCUUGUUUCUUUUAUGCUGUACAGUUACAUUACUGAAAGGGAAUGAGCAAAAUGUCACGUUGCUGAAAAAUCUACACAACUGUUUAACUCCUACCAGCUAUUGAAACUACUACUCAUAUGUAAUGAUCCCAAAGGAAAUGUCUUUAUCACAGCAGCUCCAUUAAGACAAAAGGAAAUAAAAUAUUAACAGCAGAAUGACUAUAUGCAUAGGUACAAAAUAAACAAACAAACUCUGUUCAACUAUGUCUUGAUUGUUGCUAAAAAGGUUCUACUUUUGUGAGAUAGGAAAUUUUUGAGGGAAAUAAAGUGAAAAACCCAGA